AUGAAGUUCGGCUUCCAAUUCGCCUCCGCCGCCAUUACAGCGUUGCUGCUAGUCUUCUCCUCCUUCUCGCCGCCUGUUUCCGGUAGGUUCUUCCCCAACAUAACCUCCCUCCCGCGCGAUUUACCUCUCAAGCCCAAUUUCACCACCGCCUGGGAGUCCUUCCAGAACCUCUCAAGCCCAAUUUCACGGGCCAGCUCGACGACCGGACCAUCCGCCAAAUCGUGCUCCCCAGGUGCGGCAACGCCGACAUAG